AUGUCAUCUUCAGUUACUUACACUGCCAAUUCUGUAGCUACUCUUACUACAAUUAAUAUUACUGAACCCUCAAGAUCUGUCUUCGUCCUUGGGUUCUGUGACAGAUUGACAAAAAAACUCUCAGAAGAAAUCCGCACUUUUUUCUCACAACAUGGUACGGUUGAGAAAGUUGUUGCUAGGCAUGAGCCAAGCGCAUUUGACAUAUAUUUCGAAUCUCAUGAAGAAGCGAAACGUGUAUCAAGGAUGAAUUUGAAUUUUCACCGUGCUAGACUUCAUAUGAUGAACGUCCAACCUGAUUAUAUUAAAUGGAAUGGACAGAAUCAAGGCUUUGAUUAUACCAAUAUAAAAUCUAGAGAUCACUAUAAUUAUAAUAGUUAUAGCAAUGGAAGCGCUCAUGAAGAUUAUGAUAAUUAUAUUAGUAAUAAAUUAAUUCAUUUUGUUGGUGCAGGUAUAAAUGCAAAUUAUGCUAAAAUCAGGCUUUAUAUGGAAAGGAACUAUGCAAGAAUUAAAUAUGUCACUUACAAUCCCAAAACAAAAUCAGGAAUAAUUGAACUUGUUGAUCCACAUGCGGAACAAGUCGUAAAAGCUAUGAUAGAAGAUGGGGUCUUUUUUGAUAACGUAACUCCCAAAUUUAGAGUAUUGGAAGGCAAAGAAAAAACGUCUUAUUACAAACAUAAAAGAAUGCGUAUGUUUAAAACCAAAGUGGCACAAACUGCUACUGUUGAUACAUCUGAUGUUAAUAUUAAUGAGUCUCAAGUCGUUAUUGCUGAUGUUACUAAUAAUAAUAGUAUUGUAAUUAAUGACAAUGAAUCAAGAGUUGUUACAGAAUCUAGUCAAACUUUGUCAAAUCCUCAACCAAAGGGCAAAAAACAGAUGAGUGCAAGUGUUGACAAUAAAGACAGCAAUAAAAAUGAUGUUGAUAAAAGCAACGAGAAAAGAAUUAAACGCACAAAACAAACUGAAGUAAAAGAAGUUGUGCAUAAAUAUAAUUUAAGAAAACGAAUAUAG